AUGGCUGAGUUAUCUUCCAACUGGAAGAAGCUCCAGGCAAGGCUCAACCCUGGCAAGCAAACACAACGCCCAUCUUUGAAGCGUAAUGCAGAGGAUGAGACGUCAAGCACAUCUAAGUUACCUAAGUUUUCAGCAAAGGUUUCUCCAAGGCCCACCCAAUCUUUAAACACUAAAGUCAAGCGGAUUGCGAAUAUGGGCGGGGUGCAUAGUUCCGGAGUGGGAGAUGAAUCCAACACUGGCCAGUCACCAUCCAUCGGGCUUUGGGCGACAGACCGGGGCGUUUCGAGUGAGGCCCUAGCAGACGCAUAUGGCCUCGGUAUCAAAGAGAGUUCAGUGCCCGUGGCUUCUUAUAACGAUAGAGUCAAUCACGGUCGAUCAUGCAAUGUCGAUGUUGGAAAAUAUGUUGGACUGGAUUGUGAAAUGGUUGGAGUUGGCCAAGGGGGGCAUGAGUCAGCUCUGGCUCGAAUCAGUUUGGUUGACUUUCAUGGACGACAAAUUUACGAUUCUUAUGUGAAGCCAAGGGAACGGGUCACUGACUGGAGGACGGCUGUGAGUGGCGUAUCCCAAAGAGAAAUGAGGUUUGCGAGAGAGUUCGAAGAAGUUCAACGCGAAGUAUACGAUAUCAUCGAAGGACGGAUCUUGGUUGGACACGACAUAAAGCAUGACCUAGAUGCGUUGAAACUGAGCCAUCCUCCGAGGGAUAUCCGAGAUACCGCCAAACAUCACGCAUUCAAGAAAUACGGACAUGGGCGAAAACCUUCUCUACGAGUUCUGGCUCGAGAACUUCUAGCUACUGAAAUACAAGAAGGUCCACAUUCUAGCACUGAGGAUGCACGCGUCACUAUGCUCAUUUUCCGAAAAUACAAGCCGAGUUUUGACACCGAGCACGCAAAUCGCUACCAACAAAGGACUCCUCCAACCACUACAAGGAAAUCCAAGAAACAUAGAAGGAAACAAUAA